AAAUUAUCCUUCUGCCCUGCAAUGAGUCUAACCCCGGACAAACCUGGGAAUGUAAAAAUGAGACCUUGUUUGGAUUGAAGGGACAUCCACUGCACCUGAACCAUGGACAUAAAAGUAACAAAAAUAUGGUGUUGUUUACUGGAACAGGUGUUUGGAGUCGCUGGCAGAUUUAUGGGACCAACGAAAAUUUGUGUUCUCAUGGAUAUCAAGAGAGGUCUAGUAUAGGUGGUAAUUCAUUUGGGAAACCAUGCCAUUUCCCUUUUAAGUUUAAUGGCAAGUGGUACGCUGAGUGCACUGUGGAUGGCAGAGAUGGUCAUCUGUGGUGUUCCACAGAAAAAAAUUACCACAACGGUGGACAGUGGGGCUUCUGCCCCACAAAAAAUGUCUCACAGCCCAACAUCACAGUGUAUGGGCAGAUGCAGGACAGAGCGCAUGUAAUAGUGAUGUGUUCAUUUGGGAAGUGGUCCAUUGAGAGCUCUUUCCAGCUGUCAGUGGAGGGUGAACACAACUACACAAUGAAGGACCCACUGUGUUAUUCAAAUGAUAAGUGUAUGUUUGAUGUGAAAGUGAGUCCACCUGUUUCCUUCACCUGUGUGCACGAGAUUAAUUCUGCGGUGAACCGUCGCAGUGAGACUUACAACUACAGCCCAUCUGGUAAAACAAACUGA